CCGCACGAAAGGUUCACUACCCGAACGAUCGCCAUGGAAAGCACCGGCGUCAGAACCAUCGACCACAUGGAGGUCGAGUACGAGGACCUCGACGUCGGCCAGGAAGCGGACGUCUCGAUCGCGAAGGACGGCGGUUGCAUGAAAAAAGUCCUCGCGAAAGGAUCCGGGGACGAGCGCCCGCAGAUCGGGAACGAGGUCACCGUCCACUACACCGGCACGCUCCUGGACGGCACGAAAUUCGACAGCAGCGUCGACCGCGGGGAUCCGUUCAAGUUCAAGCUCGGCGUCGGGCAGGUCAUCAAAGGCUGGGACGAAGGCGUCGCGUCGAUGCGCAAGGGCGAGAAGGCGAUCUUAACGUGCACGCCCGAGUACGCCUACGGCGCCGCCGGGUCCCCGCCCACGAUCCCCGCGAACAGCACGCUCAAGUUCGAGGUCGAGCUCUUCUCUUGGACGAACGAUAACGACUUGUACAAGGACGGCGGGAUCGUCCUCGCGAAGACGCUGAAGAAAGCGGACGGGUACACGUUCGCGAAGGAGAGGGACGAGGUGAAGGUGACGUACUCCGUCGCGGCGUCGGAUGCGGACGUCGUCGGCGGCGGCGACACGAUCGUUCCGUCCACGGAGGCGGAGUUUGUGGUCAAGGACGCGCCGUUCGACGGCAUGCGCGCUCUGCUCGCGAAGAUUAAGGAGGGCGACUCCGGGAUUUACAAGAUGAAGAAUGUCCCGGGAGGACGGCAGUACUGCGCCGGGUUGCCGGGCGACCCGCAGAGCGCGGACGUGACCGUGACCUUGAACAAAGUCAUCACCGUCGAGCCGAUCUGCGGCGGCGCGGGGUCGAAGAAAGCGACGACGGAGGGCGAGGGGUACGAGCAGCCGAACGAUGGCGCGAGCGUCACGAUCUCGUACACCGUCACGCUCGACGACGGGAAGCACACGCUCGUGGAUUCGCAGAGCGAAUUCACCUUUGAAACCGGGAACGAAGCCGUGCCCGCGGGGCUCGAGGAGGCGGUCAUGCGCAUGAAGAAGGGCGAAGUCGCGGAGGUGAAGGUCCCCGCCGCGUUCGCGUACGGUGGCGACGGCGCGACGCUGUCCAAGGGCGUCGUCCCGCCGAACACGAACGUCGUCUACAACGUCACGCUCUCGGCGUUUGAGAAGGAAAAAGAGACGUACGAGAUGUCCACGGCGGAGAAGCUCGAGGCGUGCGAGAAAGUGAAAGGCGCGGGGAACGACGCGUACAAGAGCGGGAAGCUCGAGCUCGCGUUCAAGAAGUACGACAAAGCUAUGCGGUACGUGGAGUACGACUCGCAGUUCACCGACGACGAGAAGAAAGCCAGCAAGAAGCUGAAGCUGUCGAUUCACUUGAACACCGCCGCGGUCGCCAUCAAGGACAAGAAAUACUCCAAGGCGCGCAAGGCUUCGGGCGAGGCGCUCGACAUCGAGAGCGGGAACGAGAAGGCGCUGUACCGCCGCGCGCAAGCGGCGACGGAGCUCGAGGAGUACGACGAAGCCGAGGCUGACGUGAAGAAGCUCAUCGAGAACGACGAGGGGCACAAGGAAGCCCGCAACCUGCUCGCGAAGAUCAAACGCGCGAAGCAUGCGCAAGCGAAGAAGGACGCCAAGGUGUUCGGCGGCAUGUUCAGCAAGCUCGGCGGGCUGUACAAGGAGGAGCCGAAGAUCAAGGAGGUGGACGUCAAGGCUGCGGCGGCGGACGCGCCGAUGGAUCCGGUCGACAUCGGGAACGGGUUCCAAAUGGAGGAGAUCACGGACCCGGAGCCGGACAUGCCGACCCUGGAGCCGGAGGUCCCAGCCCCGGAGGGGAUCGACACCGCGUAAACGGAAGAGCGUUUGGUCGACGUCAGACGCGACGCGACGCGCGGAUAACAUGCUCGCACGCCGCGCGCGGUCAUCGCGCGCGGUUCUAAUCAUUUCAUUUCAAUACGAUAAUACGAUUCGAAUCGUCGUGACAUUACGUU